GGCGCCUGACUGCAGCCCCUCUUCCCCGCUGCUGGCUUCUGGAAGGUGCCCAGGAGGGGAUGCACACAGACAGCUGCUUGCCCCCUGGCCUCCCUCGGGCUCCGAAAUAUCCCUCCCCCAAUUCCUCCCAGAGGGCUUCUCCCACAUCAGCGAUGCCAUAACCAAGGAGGAACUGCAGAGCACCUCUGAGAAGAUCUAUAGGGCAGACACCAACAAAGCCCAGAAGGCAGACAUUGUUCUCAAUAGCCAAAACUGCAUCUCGCCCUCGGAGACCAGCGACCAAGUAGACCGCUGCCCAGAGCCGCUCUUCACGUAUGUCAAUGAGAAGCUCUUCUCCAAGCCGACCUACGCCGCCUUCAUCAACCUCCUCGACAACUACCAGCGGGCCACGGGCCACGGGGAGCACUUCACAGCCCAGCAGCUGGCUGAGCAGGACACCUUCCUCAGAGAGGCCAUGAAGACGGCCGUCAUGAAGGAACUCUACGGCUUCCUCCACCAGCAGAACCGCUACAGCACAGAACAGGAGUUCGUCAACGACUUGAAAAACAUGUGGUUUGGGCUGUAUGCAAGAGGCAAAGAAGAGAGGGACUCAGGUGGCUUUGAACAUGUCUUCUCAGGUGAAGUCAAAAAAGGCAAGGUCACUGGCUUCCAUAACUGGAUCCAAUUCUACAUGCAGGAGAAGGAGGGCCUCGUGGACUACUACAGUCACAUCUGUGACGGGCAUUGGGAUUCUCACCCCCACGUGCUGGCCUUGCAGUUCAGCUGGGACGGCUACUACAAGGAAGUGAGUUCAACUUUCAUCGGCAGCAGCCCCGAGUUUGAGUUUGCACUUUACUCCCUGUGCUUCAUCGUCAGGCCAGGCAAAGUGUGCCAGUUAAGCCUGGGUGGACAUCCCUUGGCCAUCCAGACCUAUACCUGGGACAAGUCAACCUACGGAAAUGGCAAGAAGUACAUCGCCACAGCCUACGUGGUGUCUUCUACCCAAUAGAGCUUCGAGCUAGAAAGGGGCAUGAGGGCAGUGAGAGCUCUAGUCGGACUGAGAUUCUAUUUGCUCUGCGCUGGAGGGGGAGGGAAUGGAGGAGACUGGGAGGGACUCCCCAAUCCAGAAACGCCCAUAUGAGAAAGAGAGAAAAGAUACAAAUUAGAGAAACAGUCAAAUCUUUGUCCUCCAGUAUUUUGGAAACAGAAAGUGGGGACCCUCAAUAGCUCUUUGCCCUGCUGGGAGGUGGAACCGUGAAUAAGUCCUUGAGGUCUCCAGGCCUCAUGUUUCCUUUUAAUGCAAAGGGAAGGGGUUUGCCCCAUUUCUUCUUUUGGGGGUUGGUGAGAAGGCAAACCUGAUGACAUUCUUACGGUGAAGAUGUUUUCAAUUGUUCUUAGGAAGAAUGGCUGAUAGAAAUUCAAGGUUACCCUAAUGGCUGUUAUUGUACACAGCUCUGCAAACUGUAAUCACCCCCAUACUGGGGCCUCAAAGAAAUCAGGCUAUGGAGAUCAAGGGUGGGUAUUUGGUCUUUUCUAGGGUUAGAGCCUCUCAGAACAGGGUCUGCGAGAGGGUAACGGCUGAUGCAGUGAGUAGGCUGGAGCGGCAGUGGACUCCUCCAGGCCUGAUUUUUUUGUAGUCAGCUAGGUAACUGCAACAAGAAACUUCCUAAUUGUGGAUAUUUAGUGCAGUUACAGAGCUGUAUUUUGAUUCCAAAUAGUUUGUAAAAGAGUUCCCCUCAUAGGAGGAAGAUUUUGCAUCAGAAGAAGAAAGGAACCUAUAGCUUGGUGUCACUAACAUAAUUAUUUUAAGUCUAAUUCAGCAGCCAUAAUUUGCAUAACUUCUUAGGAUGGAAGACAGGGAGACUGGGGCUCCCUAUUCCAACUCAAUUAUGCCUUUCUCCCCUAAUCACAUUGGGAACCAGAUGCUGUCCCACAGGGCAAGGCUUGAACUAUGCUUUAGAGUCUUGAGUCUCAAGUCAUUUAAGAAAGCUUGAAAUGUGUCUCUUCUUUGCAUAUGGCCCCCCCACAACUGUCUGUCUCCCAGCCUUUUCCGUGGAGCAGAGCUGGGAGUGAUGCUUCUGGCUUUAGUGGCUCUUUGGGAUGACCUGGAGGAUGUGGUAUCUUGGUAAAGUUCCUGACUCACCUAGUCUCUCUAGCUGAGAUGGGUGGAGAACUCACCUGGUGGACUUGUAACGUGAAGGGUGGAAGGAGAGCCCUUCCCGCUUCUGGUUCCACAUAUAAGGAACCUGGAAGUCACCAUUCCAUCCUAACAAGUAAAAACUGAACAGGGUGAAAAACCAACAAUUCUUCUUGGAUCUGUAAGACAGGGGAGAACACAGGCAAACUGCUGCCCUCAAGACUGGAAAGACAGGUGAAUGUAGGAAGACACAGAAACCAGUGCUGGGGUAGAAAAACCUGAACUGUAAUUGAUAAUUGCUGGAGGUUCAGUACAGUUGACUCUGAGAGUUAAAAACUCCAGGGGGCCCAGUCACAGGGUGCCUGCACAAUGUUGUGAAAUUUACCUCCGGGAGCCCUCAGCCUUCCAGCACAGGUGUGAGAAAAGAAACCAUUCUGAAAUACUCCAGAGCAUUCUGUCCUUCUUAACAAAGUCUGCCCUGAGGGGAAGCUAGUUAGCCAGAGCCUAAGCUGCUGGGGUAUCGUCAGAGCCUAACUGACAGGAAGGGAGAGACCCAACUCUGGCCUUCCACGUAGGAGAAGAGAAUUACCCAACUCCAGUCCCCUUCUAGCCAUCCUCUCCACACAAGCGGGGAGAAACACUUGUGAAGUUCACAGUACAGAGGCGUAGGCUGCCUGAAGGACAGACCUACAGAGGACUACAGAAUGCUUUCCCUCCCCUCACACCUCACCACCCCAUUAUUA